AAUCGUGUUUACUUAGCAGGACAACACUGUGCAGCUUCCCUUUUUAAGGUGGUUGGGUAUAGUGAGGACAGGCUGUUCUUUGUAAGGCUGGAGACACUGUUGAAAUCCUUUGAUCAAAAACGCUCGAAGGAGUUAUUUGGAAGUUCAUUAUCAGUUCUUGCAGAUAUCCAAGCCAAGAUUCAUGGGUUUCUCUUACUUUAGUGCCUUAUUGGUUGAAUUACAGUGGUGAGAAGUUGGGAGGAGUCUUGCUGGCACAGGCAGGAAAUGGUUAAGAGCCUUUCAUAUCACCUGGGAAAGCAAUUCUUUGAUUUUUCAGAGGGCGCUAACAUGCAGCAGUUCAUAAGAAACAAAGGAAAGGGGAUCAAGUAUAAAAGUUGUUCUUGGAUUUUAUUUUCAGUGGCAGAACUUGUGAGGGCUGGAUAUUGAUGUCUGCUGAAAAAUAUGGACAUUUGGACUCAAAAGAACUUAUUUUUCUUAUCUUCUUUCAGAAAAUGAUCUGUGAGGUAAGUUUUGAUUCCAGCUGGUGACUUUAGAGAACUUCUUUUUUAGAUUGAGAAGUAAGAAAAAACCUUUAUAUUGUUGACCCAUUUUAAAGCAGCGAAUUCUUUGCUUAAAUUGUUACUUGGGCAGGGCAGGGAGCGCAGGCAGAAGUGUGAGUCAACAAUGGUAAAAAGCCCACAGAGCUUUCCUGUAUUGUCUGCAUUCAAAUGCCUUGCAUUAAUUUUGGAGCUUAAGUAUAAAAAUUCAGGAGCUGGGGGAAAUAGAAUGAGUCAGGGGAAUUUGUGAUGAAGAGUCGCAGUAAAUACUUCAGCGAUGACAGGAGACUUUCAAAUUGUAGUAGGAUCUGUGUUAAUGAACUUUUGCAGUUGAUGCUUCAAGCAUCUUCUAUUGGUGGCUCUUAAAGUACUUCCUAAACCUUGUUUCUUUAAACCACACUGCACUCCAAAAGGUUUUAUAUUUCUAGCUUGCGUAAGGACUUUGCUAGCAGAUGGUACAGUUGCUGCUCCUAUGCGUGUACUGGUCUUUAAGGGCAGGCUGCUUUUGGGGGGGUAAGGGAGGGGUCUCACAGUUGCUAUUAAUUCCUAGCCUGUCUGCAGCUGAGAUUAAGGAGGUCUCACUUUAAAAAGUGCAGUUGGCUUUUUCUGUUUGUGUGAAAACAGAUGCUUUUUCACUUGAGUGUGGCUGGCCCAAGUGUGAUCGGAUGGUAAUAGCUCACUGUUGUCACAGACAGCAAGUGCCAUGUGAAGGGAAAUGUUUAUACCCUGUAGACAGCCCUGCAAACCACCCUUGGAAAUGUUAAACUGAAAGUAAAUGGUACUUUUACACUUGGGAAAGUUAAUUGCAGCUUGUUCGCUGAGGUAUUUAUCUGUCUCUAAUAUACUGAAUUCUGGUGAAUUUAUUGAGCUUUGUGUGUGUGUGCUGAUUUCAUUUUCUUUCUCUUUGUAAUUUUAAGUUAAUACUGGAAGUGGUGCCUGAUGUGUGGGUUAUUUCCCAUAUUGAUAGAACGUGCAGCGCAGUUGGCGUAACACCACUGCCCAUUUAGUGCUGUGAUAGAUAAGCAUCAGUCCUUGCAAGAGUCGCCUUGCCAGUUCUUCCAGCUAUUGCGGGCUGUUCCCAGUUUCCCUUGCACCCCCAUGUUCUGCUCAGGCAUUAGUUUGUCAUCGUCAAGACUGAAGAAGUCUAUAAUCGAGUCACAGCUGGUGGAUGGCAGUUCUUUCAUCUUGAUGUGAACACCCUAAAAGGCAGAGUCAGGACUGUUUAGUUCCUGCAAAUUAUAUUCCUCAUCACUGUACUUCUGUUCCCCUCAUCAAGCAAAGCUUUUAUCAUCUUUCUGCUGGUUUUCGUAAGGUGCAGGAGAAGUUGUGGACGUUCACAGCUUCUGAACUCUGUUCCCACAUUCUGGCUGGACAGGAAUCUUUUUAUCACCCUGCCCUAUUUUGGAUUAAUGUGUUAUUUGAUUAUUUUCUAGCCCUUGGAUCUCCUUUUGGAUUUUCUCCAGUUCGCCCAUUAUCUCUCCAAAGUGUGUUGCCCCAGCCUGGACAAGACUUCAGCAGAAGCUUUACCAGAGCUGGCUGGAGGGAGAGGACUCCUCAACUGGUCUCAGUGGUGUCACAAAGAUGAAUUUCCUCCUGAGCCUUUCUUCCCCACUCUGAGUUGUCUCAAGUACUUGUUCUCAACUCUGCCGCUGAUGUCCAUAUGAUUUGGUGUGGCUGUCCUCAUAAACUAAAAAAUAUGUCCAUCCGAGGCCUGAAGAAGAAACAACCAAAGACUUUUAAAGUCAAAAUUAUAACAGUGGAUGCUGAAAUGGAGUUCAGCUGUGAGAUGAAAUGGAAGGGAAAGGACUUGUUCGACCUGGUGUGCCGAGCACUUGGUUUAAGGGAGACUUGGUUCUUUGGCUUGCAGUACACAGUAAAAGGAAUGUGCACCUGGUUAAAGAUGGACAAAAAGGUUUUAGAUCAAGAAAUCCCCAAAGAAGAUCCCAUUAGCUUUCAUUUUUUGGCUAAAUUCUACCCCGAGAAGGUAGAAGAGGAACUAUUACAGGAAAUUACCCAGCAUUUAUUCUUCCUUCAGGUUAAGAAACAAAUACUGGAUGAGGAAAUCUAUUGUUCUCCAGAAGCAACAGUUUUACUGGCUUCUUAUGCUGUUCAGGCCAAGUAUGGUGACUACGACCCAAAUUUUCAUGAGCCAGGCUUUCUAGCCCAUGAUGAGCUUUUACCUAAAAGGGUCCUCAGGCAGUAUCAGCUGACAGCAGAGAUGUGGGAAGAAAAGAUUACUGCUUGGUAUGCUGAGCACAGGGGUAUCGCCAGGGAUGAAGCUGAGAUGAACUACCUGAAAAUUGCCCAAGACUUGGAAAUGUAUGGUGUCAAUUAUUUCCCAAUUGCUCAAAAUAAAAACCACACAGAUCUCUUACUUGGAGUUGAUGCCAAAGGUAUUCAUAUCUACAGCAUUAAUAACAGGUUCUCUCCAAACAAGUCAUUUGAGUGGAGUGCUAUCAGAAACAUUUCCUAUAGUGAGAAAGAGUUAACUAUUAAACCUCUUGAUAAAAAAGCAGAAGUCUUCAAGUUCUUUUCCUCUCAACUCAAAGUAAACAAAUUGAUUUUGCAGUUGUGCAUUGGAAACCAUGACCUAUUUAUGAGGAGAAGAAAAGUGGACUCAAUAGAGAUCCAGCAAAUGAAAGCACAAGCCAGGGAAGAAAAAGCUAGAAAAAAGAUGGAGAACCAGAGGCUGGCCAGGGAGAAGCAGCUCCGAGAAGAAGCUGAGCGAGCCAAAGAAGAGCUGGAAAGGCGUCUUUUCCAGCUGGAAGACGAAGCCAGGCAGGCCAAUGAGGCCCUGCUCCGAUCCCAGGAAGCAGCAGAGUUGCUGGCUGAGAAAGCUCAGAUUGCAGAAGAAGAGGCAAAAUUGCUGGCCCAGAAUGCUGCAGAAGCUGAGCAAGAGCGGCAGAGGCUGGAGAUCACAGCUCUGAAAACCAAAGAGGAGAAACGCCUGAUGGAGCAAAAGAUGCGGGAGGCAGAGCUGAUAGCAGUGAAGCUGGUGAAGGAGUCUGACCGGAGAGCCAAGGAAGCAGAGCAUCUGAAACAAGAUCUGCAUGAAGCCAGAGAGGCUGAACGGAAAGCAAAGCAGAAACUCUUAGACAUAAACAGGCUUAAUUAUCCUCACAUGGUCAAGUACCCGCAAUACUCGCCAGCUGAAACCAGAGAUGCCAACUUUGACAAAGGAUCCAUAAAGCUGGAUUUGAAGGACAUUGACCUCAAGAGACUAUCCUUUGAGAUAGAGAAAGAGAGGCUAGACUACUUAGAAAAGAGCAGAAAAUUUGAAGAUCGACUGAAAGAGCUGAAAUCUGAAAUUCAUGCUCUGAAACUAGAAGAAAAACAGUCUGGGCUUUACUCUCGCUGGAAUGAAGUCCUGGGAUCCUUGGAUCGCUCCUUAGGAAAUACCCCAUCAUGGAUGAAAACCUUUGAAACUGGAGAUUCAUUGGAUAUAAAUCUUCGAAGACCUUUCCCUGCUUAUUUGUUAAAUACUACAAGCAGCUGGCCUUGUACCAACAAAAUUCAGCACACAGUGCCAGUGGAAAAGUCAUCUUUUCAAGCAAAUUCCUUGGUUGCCAACAGUGUGGGCACAGGAACUAGAAAACAGAUUAUAAAGGUUCAGCAGCAUGACUCGGAUGUGAUCUACAUUUGAAGCCUCUCAUUUCCUUACCAGACUGGUAGGAUGUUGUGGCCAUCUUUUUUGACUGCUGCAAAUUGCACCUAUAUGAGGACACUUGCACAGCUCUGUCUGCUGACAGGCAGCAGCUUAAGAGAAAUGGUACUAUAGUUAGAGAGGUGCCAUUCAGCUUCCAAGCAGGUAAUGUAAGCUGGGAGCACUAAAACUGCCAGUGUAACAUGGUGUCUUUGGGUACAAUGGUAAACAUACAAACCCAGAGGAGUGUUGUUUACUACUUAUGCACUUUGAAGAAACACUUUAUACUUCACUAAACCUUCCUCCCGCAGGUGUUUUUACACACUGACUUACCAGUAGGGUACUGUACUUAUGUAGAAAGGAUGCUAGGCAGCAAGUGGCCAGGAGAUGUUUUGGAUGAGAAGAAAAUUGUACGUGACCUUGGUGUUUACCUACACAAUAGACUAAUUAUGUUUUCAGUCAGGUCCAUGGGACACCAGUCCCACAGAGCUGCUCAGCAUGUUAGUGUCUGCCUGCCAAAUACUUUCGUUUCCUCCCCAAACACUUCUUGGUUCGCUUAAUUGAUUUGCAUUUCUCUGUGAGAAAUCUCAGCUUUCAGUUCCAGAUGCAGAAGUGGACGUCUUCAGAUACCUCUCAUUCCUGGGGGAAUCCUUUGUUUGAAAUGCAAAGCUUCUCUCUACAGUUUCUGACUCCAUCAAGCACUUUCUGUUGCUUUUGCCGCUCCAGCAAACUUUGCAUACAUUAACUUGUUUCCCAGUUCUGUGUAACACAGCUUGCAAAUUAGACAAAGACAAAAGAUGCUCUUGGUGUCUGCUAAAGUUGGACUUGUCUCUGAUGGAGAGGUGCAUGCAGCAAAAUGUCUGCCUCAUUAGUAAAACCUACUUGCAUUUUCUGGUUUGGUGUGUGUUUAAGUGUCUGUUUCACCAUAAAUCUUCAGCCUGGGGAAGCAGACAGUAUGCAGCUGUAGCUGAAGUAGUAGCACUGUUGAGCAUGUGUUGUAAAAAUGAACGUUGAUGUUGUUAAAUAUCUUGUUCUAAAAGCUAAGAUUAAAAAAAUACAUUCAAUAAAAAGCUUCCAUUUCCACUUGCUAGUAAGAGCUUUGAACUGAAUGUUGUGUCAGUAUUACAACAACAUUAACAAGGCAAGUUCCAAGAACAAACACACAAAUCUCCCCUGUACACAUCUGCAACAGCCUGAGAGCACAGUGGGGGAUAGUAUCUGUAGCCUGUUCUGUUCUCAGACUUUUACCAGUUGUGACAGUUACAUGGCAGGAUGCACAUAACAGCCAUCUGCAGUGGUGUCCUGUUGUCAGUUUUCUCAGCCCUGAGAGUAGUUGCUGCCUUCGGUUGGUAGGGUGUGGAGUGUGUUAAUUCUCUUCACAGCUCUGUCUGAUUUGAGAUGUUUGCAGACUAUUGGCUAUUACACACAUAUCCUCAGAUCCGUCUGGGAGCAGCCUUGUGUGUGAGAUGGAGAAGCUGUCAGAGGUGUCAGACUGAGGAGGCAGAUACCGUCAAGGUCCCAGGGUUGGGUAGGUGGCAAUGACCAGAAUUUGGAGAGUGAUGAGAUAGGAAAUAGUCCUAGAGGAAAACAGUACAAACCAACUCUGAACAUGGCAUUCUUAGAUUUGGGGUUGGGGAGGAGUGCUGGGAUUUCCCUGGUUCUUGUAUUCCUGUUUCCUUUUUGUGUGUGUGUGUCUUGCCACAGAU